AUGGCAGAGGAUGAUGUGUACACCAAGGAUGGAACUGUAGAUUACUGUGGACAUCCAGCUAUUAAAAAGGAAACUGGAACCUGGAGAGCCUGCCCCUUUAUCUUAGGAAAUGAAUGUUGUGAGAGAUUGGCUUAUUAUGGCAUGAGCACAAACCUGGUGCUUUAUUUUAAGAAUCGGCUACAUCAGCACAGUGCUACUGCUUCCAAGAAUGUCUCUAAUUGGAGUGGAACAUGCUAUAUCACACCAUUGAUUGGAGCAUUUUUGGCUGAUUCCUACCUUGGAAGAUACUGGACAAUUGCUUGCUUCUCAAUAAUAUAUGCUAUUGGAAUGACACUCUUGACAUUGUCUGCAUCAGUUCCUGGCAUGAAACCAACAUGUCAUGGAGACGAAAAUUGUCGUGCUACUACUCUAGAGAGUGCAAUGUGCUUCCUGGCUCUUUACCUUAUUGCUCUUGGCACUGGAGGCAUUAAGCCUUGUGUCUCAUCCUAUGGAGCAGAUCAGUUUGAUGACACUGACCCGGUUGAGAAGGAACACAAAAGUUCUUUCUUCAAUUGGUUCUAUUUCUCAAUCAACAUAGGUGCUCUUAUUGCUUCUUCUCUGUUAGUCUGGAUACAAGAUAAUGUGGGUUGGGGAUGGGGCUUUGGCAUUCCUGCUGUAGCCAUGGCAAUUGCUGUGGUGAGUUUCUUUUCAGGCACUAGAUUGUAUAGGAAUCAGAAGCCUGGAGGCAGCGCCCUCACUAGAGUCUGUCAGGUGGUAGUGGCAUCCAUAAGAAAGUACCAUGUUGAAGUACCUUCUGACAAGUCUCUUUUAUAUGAGACUGAUGAAACUGAAUCUGCUAUAAAAGGAAGCCGAAAGCUUGAUCACACAAAUGAGUUAAGAUUUUUUGACAAAGCAGCAGUCCUAGGACAAUCAGAUAAAGUGAGAGCAUCAAAAAACCCUUGGAGACUUUGCACUGUAACUCAAGUGGAAGAGCUAAAAUCCGUUUUAAGAUUACUUCCUGUAUGGGCAACUGGCAUCAUAUUUUCCACUGUCUACGGUCAAAUGAGCACCUUAUUUGUGUUGCAAGGGCAAACCAUGGAUACUCAUGUUGGCAACUCCAGUUUCAAAAUCCCACCAGCUUCCCUUUCUAUCUUUGACACCCUUAGUGUCAUAUUUUGGGUCCCAAUUUAUGACAGGAUCAUUGUGCCGGUUGCAAGAAAGUUCACUGGGCACAGAAAUGGCCUAACUCAGCUCCAGAGAAUGGGAGUUGGCCUCUUCAUAUCCAUAUUUUCCAUGGUAGCUGCAGCAAUAUUGGAGCUCAUAAGGCUUAAAAUGGUGAGGAGGCACAACUACUAUCAACUUGAGGAGAUACCAAUGACAAUAUUUUGGCAGGUUCCUCAAUAUUUUGUCAUUGGAUGUGCAGAAGUCUUCUAUUUCAUUGGUCAGUUGGAGUUCUUCUAUGAGCAAGCCCCUGAUGCCAUGAGAAGUUUUUGUUCUGCUCUCUCACUCACCACAGUCGCACUUGGACAGUACUUGAGCUCUCUUCUUGUGACAAUUGUGACGAAGAUUAGUACCGGGAAUGGAAGUCCAGGGUGGAUACCUGACAAUCUAAACUUUGGUCACAUAGAUUAUUUCUUCUGGCUACUGUCAGGGCUAAGUGUUCUGAACUUGAUAGCAUUCCUUCUAGUGUCCAUGUUGUACACAUACAAAAGACCAGUGGGAACUCUGCGCUGA